GGCGUCGCUCUCGUUCUCAAUCCUCUGCAACGGCACCCCCCCCGCUCUCUUUCCUCUUCGCCUCCGAUCUCUCGGGCUUCCUAGCGUCCGAUCUCGUCGAUCAUGUCUUCGGAGAAGGGUCAACCACUGCCCAAGUUUGGAGAGUGGGAUGUCAACAAUCCUGCCUCAGCUGAGGGGUUCACUGUUAUAUUCAACAAAGCUCGAGAUGAAAAGAAGACAGGUGCCAACUCCGGGGCAACAGCAACACCACCAAGAAAUGAUGCAGGUGGUUUCCAACAAGAUGAUACCUAUCAGCAUCCAAGAAAAAGUCGGAAGUGGUUUUGCUGCGGUUGAAUGCCUGCUGUUUGGAGCCAAUAGGUACUUGUUCAUCUUAGUUUGGGGUUGCAAGCAUAAAGAAUGUUUGUUUUAUUGGAACAGAUGCUGUUUAUGAAUAAUUAUCAUAUCUGGUUCGUGUGAAUCGGUAUUAUUUGUAGACAAAAAAAGAGGGCAGAUCGAUGGAAGAUGGUUUAUAUCUUGUUCAA